AUAUUCACUUCAACCCUGAAACUGAAUUGUCGUUUACAGAGCAAAGAAAUUCAUUUAUUUAUUUAUUUAUUUUUGUGCCUAAUUCAAAAUCUUACUAUUUUUCACACUUCAUUGGUUCUUCCCUCCUUGAAGUACUAGCUUUGUAAAAAAUAAAAUAAAAUAAAACAAAAUGAAUGGGAAUCUGUAUCUCAAAUUCUUCAAAUCCCAUAAAGAAAUCGUCCUCCAUAAAUCUCAGUAUACCACCAAUGCCACUAUCCAUUCCGAACAGUAUCAUGCUGUUUACCCACCUUUCUCUUCUCUGCAAUGUGGAAGUAUUCUGCAGUGGCUCACUAAAAUCAAAGACUUCACAAAAGCCCAGCAACUCCAUGCCCUCAUGGUCACUUCUGGAAACCUUCAAGACAAUGCAUAUCUCAAUACCAAACUUACUGCCGUUUAUGCUUGUUAUGGUAGGAUGGCGGAAGCCCAGGUCAUUUUUAAUGAUACUGUAUUGAAAAAUUCUUUCUUGUGGAAUUCCAUGAUCAGGGGCUUUGCUUGUUAUGGCCAUUCUUUGCGUUCCCUUCUUUUGUACCGUGAAAUGUUAUAUUACGGACAAAAGGCGGAUAAUUUUACCUACCCUUUUGUUCUCAAGGCGUGUGGUGAUCUAGUGCUUGUGGAAAUUGGGAGGAGAGUGCAUGGUGAGGUGGUGGUUAGUGGGUUAGAGUCGGACAUGUAUGUGUCUAAUUCUCUUAUGGCAAUGUACUCGAAGUUUGGGGAUAUGGAAUGGGCAAGGGUGGUGUUUGAUAGAAUGCUUAAGAGAGAUUUGACUUCUUGGAAUACCAUGAUAUCAGGUUAUGUGAAUGAUGAAAACCCAAGCGAAGCUAUGGUUAUUUUUGAAUUACUGCAAAAUUCUGGAUUGAGUGCGGACGGGACAACUUUGCUAGGUCUCCUAUCUGCAUGUGCUAAGUUAAUGGCCGUGAGGCAGGGGAAAGCAAUCCAUGGUUAUAUAGUUCGAAAUAAUGGAGAAAUAUUUAAUGACUUUUUAACAAAUGCUCUUAUUGAAAUGUACUGUACAUGUAAAUCUGUGAUUGAUGCUAGGCUUUUAUUUGAAGGAGCAAAAUGCAAAGACGUCGUGUCAUGGAACUCUAUGAUUUCUGGUUAUGAACGGAAUGGUAAUGCUUUUGAAAGCAUAAAACUUUUCUGUCGAAUGGUUAAGGAAGAAGCAGUGCCUGAUGAAGUAACUGUAGUGGCUGUGCUUGGAGCAUGUGGCCAAGUCACUGCCUUGGAGUUUGGCAUGUCCGUUCAUUCUUAUCUUUUAAAGGAAGGGUAUGGGGUGAAUAUCACAGUGGCAACAGCACUUCUAGACAUGUACUCUAAAUGUGGAAGUUUGUCUUGUUCACGUCAUGUUUUUGAUGAUAUGCCAGAAAAAAGAAUGGUUUCAUGGAGUGCUAUGAUUGCAGGGUAUGGGGCUCAUGGGAGGGGAAGAGAGGCUAUCUCUAUUUUUCAUGAAAUGUUAGAAAACUCUUUUAUUCCAGAUGAGGGUGUCUUUACUUCAGUUCUGUCAGCAUAUAGCCAUGCGGGCUUGGUUAAUGAGGGUAGAGAUUUUUUCCACAGAAUGACCAUGGAAUACAACGUGAAGCCUGGUCUUGCUCACUAUUCAUGUUUGGUGGAUCUUCUUGGCAGGGCAGGGAACUUAGAUGAAGCAUAUGACCUUAUCCAGACUAUGGAAGUUAACCCAACUAGUGAUAUAUGGGCUGCGCUUCUAUCUGCCUGCAGGCUUCACAGAAAUGUCAAGCUGGCAGAGAUUUCAGCUCAGAAGGUUUUCGAGAUGAAGCCAACAGAUGUCAGCAGCUACAUCUGCCUUUCUAAUGUAUAUGCUUCUGAGAAACGAUGGGAUGAUGUAAAUAGGAUUAGAACCCUGAUAAGGAGGAAGGGCUUGAUAAAAUCACCGGGUUGCAGCUUCAUUGUGUUAGAUAAGAUGAUUCAUCGAUUCUUAGUUGGUGAUAAAUCACAUCAACAGACACCGGAUAUAUAUGCCAAGUUGGAAGACUUGAAUUUGGAACUCAAAGAGGCUGGAUACAAGCCUGAUACCAGCUCAGUGUUCUAUGAUGUUGAGGAGGAUGUAAAGGAGAAGAUGCUUUGGGAUCAUAGUGAGAGAUUGGCAAUUGCUUUUGCUCUCAUUAAGACCAGACCAGGGACGACAAUCAGGAUUACUAAGAAUCUUCGUGUAUGUGGUGAUUGCCACACAGUAACAAAAAUGAUUUCUAAGCUUAUGUGUAGAGAGAUUAUAAUGCGAGAUAUUCAUAGGUUCCACCACUUUAAAGACGGACUUUGUUCUUGUGGUGAUUAUUGGUGAUUAUUGGUGAGUAUUAACAUAAUUUAAUUAUACAUUAAAUGCAGAUAAGGGAAAUACAGAUUCUUUUAUUCGGAAGUAGACAUCUGAGAUUGUUUGGACAUUGCCAUUGAAUGGCAAUUAUUGAUGAUACAAGCCCACCUACUUUAUUCAGCUCAUCAUGUGGCUGCUUCGUUUCCCAUUUGGAUGUGCUCACUUAAAUAUUGAAAAUAACUUGUUUACCAAAAUAGCAAU